AUUCAGACCCAGCUAUCAAUGCACAAUGAAACCCGUAGCUCAACGGAAAUCAUUACGACGGCACCAUACUGUAACACUUUCCCGCCUUGUCCCUCGGCGUCUGGUUUACCCUUCGCGGCCCAAGUACCAUUCUCGUUAACACCGUGGCUCCAGGACUGCCCGAACAUUCGCCACUCGCAAGUUCAGGAGCUCAGCAGGCUCGGCUCCGGGGUAGCCCUUUGCUCAUACCACGCCGACCAGACCCUGCCGGAUGGCUUCUGCAGAGUCGCCUUCAAAUUCGAGCCACUCGCCGACUUCCGGAGACAAGGUAGGGCAUGGAACGGCGCUACCUCCACACCCCAACCUCGUGUCUCUCGACCGCAUCGUCGUCGAGGACGUCGAGUCCCGUAUCGUCGGCUUCACCACGAAAUUCGUCCCAGGUGGCACGACGAGCAGAACACUACGCGCCCGUUCCAGCUGGAGUGGCUGCGGCAGCGGCAUCGACUACUGUCUCGUGGCGCCCAACAGAUCAUCAUGGCUAGAGCGGCCCACUGUGGAGGACUACCGCGUGGAAUAUCCGGCAGGAGUAUUGAAGACAAGAGAGACGUGCUACUGUAACAUUUGUGGUGGUUGUCAACAUGAUCACCUGGUCGAUAAUUAAACUAGUACUUGUUUGUUCAACACACUGCAUGUUGCGAAUGUCUUCAGAACUACAGUACUGUACUGUACAGUACAAUACUGUGCACUUUGUACUUAUUUUGCUGCUCUUUGCCGC